AUGAAAGAAAUUCCCAUCACGCUUGAGGCAUCCAACUCCAGGUUGUUGAUGGAAUGCACCAACAUAGGUGAAACAAGAGACUCUGAGCAAUCAGCUCAAAAUAUGCAUGAUGGGUUUUCAAUCUUGGCCGACGAUGCUUCAAUGCCGAUAGCGGUUAUAGGAAUGGGGUUUAGAGGCCCCGGAGACGCAACUAAUGUGGAAAGACUGUGGAAGGCUCUACUGGAGCAACGUGAAGAAUGGUCACCCAUCCCAGCAAAACGAUGGAAUAGCUCCGCAUUCUAUCAUCCCGACCACGCGAGACAUGGCACGAUCAACGUAGAAGGCGGUCACUUCCUCGAAGAAGAUAUAUCGUUAUUCGACGCGCCAUUUUUCAACAUGUCCAGCGACGAGGCGGCAGCUAUGGAUCCUCAACAGAGGUUAUUGCUGGAGGUUACAUAUGAGGGGCUAGAAAACGCUGGACUGUCUCUGCACCAGGUUGCCGGGAGCAGGACUUCAUGUUUUGUUGGAUCAUUUUGUGCCGACUAUACCGAUUUACUUCUUCGGGAUCCUGAAGCAGUGCCGAUAUACCAGUGCACGAAUGCCGGACAGUCUCGCGCUAUGACUGCAAAUCGCAUAUCCUACUUUUACGAUUUGAAAGGGCCCAGCGUCACAGUUGACACGGCUUGCUCUGGUAGUUUGGUUGCCUUGCAUCUUGCAUGUCAAAGUCUUCAAACUGGGGAUGCGACAAUGGCAAUUGCGGCUGGGGUUAAUGUUAUUUUGAGUCAUGAGUUCAUGUCCACGAUGAGUAUGAUGAGAUUUUUAUCGCCAGAUGGACGCUGCCAUACCUUUGAUGAAAAGGCCAAUGGCUACGCAAGGGGCGAAGCAAUAGGUUGCGUUCUUCUAAAACCCCUGGAUCAAGCAUUACGAGAUGGGAACACUAUAAGAGCAAUUGUCCGCGGAACUGGGUCAAACCAGGAUGGCCGAACACCAGGAAUCACUUUGCCCAGUGGUGCCGCUCAAGAAGCGUUGAUUCGAGACGUUUAUGACAGAUGUGGGCUGUGUCCAGGUCAAACGGACGUUGUGGAGGCCCACGGCACCGGUACGCAGGCAGGUGAUCCUCUAGAAACAGGUGCGAUAUCGCGAGUAUUUGGCCAUAGGCGUUCUCCAGACAACCCCGUAUAUAUUGGAUCCAUCAAGACAAAUGUCGGACACCUGGAAGGGACUAGUGGAGUUGCGGGGGUUAUCAAAGCCGUGCUGAUGCUGGAAAAUCAAACAAUUCUUCCUAGUCGGAACUUCGAUACGCCAAACCCACGCAUCCCCCUCGAAGAAUGGAGGCUGAAAGUACCCCGAUAUCCGGAGGACUGGAAUAACCCCGGUCCGCGUCGAGUGUCAGUAAAUAGCUUCGGCUAUGGAGGGAGUAACGCUCAUGCUAUUCUCGAAGAGGCCUCCGGUUAUCUAUCUUCACGGGGUCUGGCCAUAUGGCAUAAACAGCCGUCAAAAGCUAGCUGGAGAAAAAGAAUUGGAAAUGACACAUUUUCAGUCGCUUCGACUCCCAGACAGAGAAUAUUCCUAAUGUCUGGAUUUGACGAGCACUCAUGCAAGGCGCAAGCCAAGUCUCUCUAUGGGUAUUUGUUAAAGAACGAAAGUAUCAUUGACAAUAUCUUCCUCGGUGAUGUCGCUUCUACCUUGAGCGAAGGUCGAUCCCGGUUCAUGUGGAAGACAGCAGUUACUGGGAGUUCAGUCCAAGAUUUGGCCGAAUCGCUUUCAAACGAAAUAAAACCUCGGAUUUCAUUGAAAAGGCCAAUCUUGGCCUUUAUCUUCACAGGACAAGGGGCGCAGUGGGCUGGCAUGGGAAAAGAAUUGUUAGACACGUAUCCAAUAUUUUGUGAAUCUGUUUCUCGAAUUGACGUUUAUUUGGCGGAAAUGGGAGCGUCGUUCAAGGUUUAUGACGAAAUAUCCAAAAGCCCUCAAGACUCCCAGCUCAACUAUCCCCUUCUCAGUCAAACGGUGUGCUCAGCGCUGCAAAUAGCUCUCGUUGACCUUCUUUGGUCCUGGAAGGUAUAUCCAAACUCGGUGACGGGUCAUUCCAGCGGUGAAAUUGCUGCUGCGUAUGCGAGUGGUGUGCUGAGCAUGGAAGAUGCUAUGAAAGUCGCUUAUUACAGAGGGUUGUGCGCUAGCAAGAUUUUAGCAUCGAAUGAGGUUCGAGGCUCCAUGAUAGCUGUAGGAGUUUCGGAGGAGGCGAUAGAACCAUACCUCUCGAGCCUUGUUUCUGGGAAAGCUGAUGUGGCUUGCAUUAAUAGCCCUUCGAGCGUCACGGUGUCGGGCGAUACAGAGGCGAUUGCCGAAUUAGCCGACAAGUUGAAGGCGAAGUCCAUCUUUUAUCGGCGCCUCGCUGUGGACGUUGCAUAUCACUCUCAUCAUAUGAAGGUUUUUGCUGAUGAGUAUCUAAGUGCGAUUGCAACUAUCGCCCCCCGAGACCAACGUGUGGCCACAGAUGAAACUUGUCAGCCUUUUGCGGUAUCUAUAUUUUCCUCUGUGACUGGCAAAUGCAUUCUACCAGAAGAGUUAGGCCCCCGAUAUUGGGUCUCAAAUUUGCUUCAGCAAGUCAAGUUUUCAGACUCCCUCAAAGCUCUAUGCUUCGAAACAAAUCCAUGGCAUCAUCGCACAAGUCUAUUGAAUGGACGGAAAGGAAAGAGAAUAGGAUCCGCUCAAAAGGCAAGCGUGGGCUGCCUUGUUGAGAUUGGUCCCCACUCGGCGCUUUCUGGUCCCGUGAAGCAGAUCAUACAAUCCAAUGUCAAGCUUAGCACUGCCGAUAUUUCAUAUCUCAGCAUCCUCACACGAAACAAAGACGCAGUUAAAUCGGCGCUGGGUGCUGCUUCGACCCUUGUCUCUAUGAAUUACCCGCUAGAUCUGAAUGCUAUCAAUUUUGCGAAAGGAGCAGCAACCCAAAGACGACCCAGACUUCUUAUCGAUAUGCCUCCAUAUUGCUGGAACCAUACCAGAUCUUACUGGAUUGAACCACGCUUGAGCCAAGCAUUUCGGAGUAGAAGCCAACCGCGAACAGAUCUACUUGGCACAUCAGACAAUAUCGCAUGUCCUUUUGAACCUCGAUGGCGAAAUUUCAUCAGGGUUUCAGAGAUUCCUUGGAUCAUGGAUCAUAGGAUUCAAUCGGUCAUUGUUUUUCCUGCUGCAGGAUAUUUGUGCAUGGCGACUGAGGCCGCAACGCAGGUAUUAGGAAACUCACAAAUAAUGUCUGCCAUCAUCAUGAGGAAUGUUUAUAUUCACUCGGCUCUCAUCGUUACCGAAGCUAGCGAAGUUGAAGUAUUGACUUCACUUACACCACAUGGAGAAAGCCGGAUGCAUGAUUCACGAGAAUGGUAUAGAUUCCAUAUAUAUUCGGUUUCAAGGGAGAAUAAGUGGACGGAACAUUGCUCGGGGGAUAUCAACGUCGAAUCGCAACCCAAUCGUGCAGAGGAAGUGACAAUUCACUAUUCAGAAAGUUCGAAUAUCCAUCCCCCCAGUUCCAAGCCCCAAGGCAUUCGGGUAGUCAAUGUUGACCGUCUUUACGACCUACUACGGAAGGCAGGGCUUGAGUACGGGCCUUACUUUGCUAAUUUGACAUCCGCCCACGCAACAGAAACUGGAACAUGCUUCGCUGAGAUCACGAUACCGAAUACCGCAACAGCCAUGCCGAUGAAUUUCCAAUAUCCCCUCCUCAUUCAUCCCUGUACGCUGGACAGUGUUUUCCACACGAUAUUUGCUGCGCUGCCGCAGGACAUGGGGGUAGAAAAGGGUCCUAUUAUCCCAGUGUCACUCGACUAUAUGCGCUUGUCUUAUCAGAUGACUUCUUUGCCCGGAGACAGAUUAAGCGUUUGUACGGAUGUUCGGCCUGGCUCGCGGGGACAGAUCGUCGCGUCGAUAGUCGUUGCUGAGAAUGAUUCCAAGAUGUGCAGUCUGAACCCGAAAAUAUCAAUCAGCGGGUUGAGGGGUACCCGGCUUGAAGUUGCACCAAACAUGAGCGAAAGUUCAAAGAAUGUUCCCAUUGCAUACGGAAUUGAGUGGCGAGCAGACCCCAUGUUUAUCACCAAGGGUGAAUUGUCACCCCUUCAUCAAAAUAAUGGUAGCUCGAGAGAGAGUCUCACUUCGCGAGACGAAUACGACUACUAUGUCACAGUCCUAAUACAAAAUGCGAUCGAAGCUUUCAAAGAAGAACAUAGUCGGAAACCAGAUUUAAUCUACGACAAGUACAAAUCGUCGUUGUCGGAAAUACUUCGAGUACAUGCAAUCGACGAGAACAAAUCACUUGAUCAGAUAAUACUAACCAACAAAGCUCCUUCGAGUUCGAUGGGAAGGCUAAUCAACAUGAUAGAUGCCUACCUUGCUUCAUUAUCCCAGGUCGAAGACGAAUCUUUUACCCAACUUCACGAAGAGCUUUCCAACGCUCAUCACGAAGUUCUUUCAAUGGAUAAAGCAUACAUUGCUGCCUUGGAUCAUAUCAAGCUUAUUGGAUUUAAGAAGCCAGACAUGUCAAUUCUACAACUCUGUGAUGGAAUAGUUCGGCCAUUGACACUCUUUCUCGAGGCUCUGUUGGCCGAUAUCAGCAGCGAGGAGUUUGCUUUCCCUCCCUUCUCAAGAUACACUUUUACAUACCACGACGAGGAAGACCACGAGCGAGCACAGUUGUACUUGGAAAAAUGGACAAAGUGGAUCGAUCUUGUGAAGCUCGGAGAUCCGCGCGGAAUUUCCGAUUCUUCUGCGCCUCGACCCGACGAUUUUUCCUAUGACCUUAUCAUCGUACCAAAUGGAUUUCACCAAUUCCAUUCCAGUCUCGAGGCGCUUCAAAUAUGUCGCUCCAUGCUGAAGCCGUCUGGAACUUUGAUUAUCGUCGACCCGCUUCGUCCCAAAGAGAGCAUUCUAGAUAAUUUCCUGACCACCGCUUUAUAUCUAUGGCCCGUGGGAAAUUUCGAGCCACCGAGGGGAUUUGAAGAUGAGGGAGGUGACCUCGAUGAUAUGAUUUAUAAAGCUGGGCUUACGUCGAAUCGAGACGCUGGCAGCAUUGACAGUGACCGGAAGAUGAAUCUCGUGGAAGGCUUCAUAAUUUGCCAGCCAGAACAUGAGGCAAAGCUCAUCGACAGGGAAUUCUUGAUAAUCCAAGCAGAUGGUGACGAAAUAUCCAUGACUGAAUGCUUGAGAUAUGAUCUCUUGGGCACAUGCCCGAAGGUUGACACAUCAUGUCUAGCUGCAGCAAAUGCGAUAGGAAAGGUUUGCAUUGUGUUCAAUGACGUACAUGAGAAUGUCCUUGCAAGCCCAGAUUUCGAGACUCUUUCAAAACUGAAAGAAAUAUUUCUUUACAGCAGCGGUGUACUUUGGAUCAGCCGCGGUGGAGCUAUUGAUCCAACAUUCCCUGGAUACGGACUUGAUGUUGGCUUUGCCAGAACGGCUAGAUCCGAGUCUGCCGUGAAGCCGAUUAUCACGCUUGACCUAGACGCACAAAAUCCGUUGACGAAUCAGAGAUCUGCGAAAUUAAUCACGACGUUGAUUCAGAAAUGCUUUUCUCAGAUGAACUCUGGAGACAUGGAUACGGAAUAUGCUGAAAGGAAUGGAGUUAUUAUGAUACCACGAGCAAUGGAGCGGUCAGAUAUCAACCAAGACUUGGGUCACAUCAAGGAGACCGAGAUCCAAUGCGAACAGCAUUUCCGACAAGUCGAAAAACCAAUCCGGGUUUGUAGACCGAAUGGUCACAAUACUAUACACCCGCAUCUCGCAGCAGACUUUGAAAUGACCAGUCCGCCACCAACAGGAUAUGCGAGGAUCGAAGUAAUGGCAUUUGGACUGGGCGAAUGGGAUAUGCAAGAAGAUGCAGAUGAAUUCCAGUCGAGAGGAACAUUGGGUUUAGAAUGCAGCGGCCGAGUCCUGGCAAUCGGGCCAGGGGUACACUCUCUUUCUAUCGGUGAUCGUGUCGCUUGUCUUGGGACCGGAACAGCAAGGAGCUACUAUCAAGACAGAGAUACCUCUUUUCAAAGAGUUAGCGAUUUCAUAACUUAUGAAAUGGCUGCCGCUGUACCUGUCGAAUAUACGACUGCAUACUACAUUAUACACUAUUUGACAAGGACCAGGCCGGACGAAUUGGUUCUGAUUCAGGAUGCUGCCAGCUUGCUUGGGCAGGCGAUGCUUGAGAUGUGUUUUACUCGUGAAACUAGGAUACUAGCAACCGUGACUGACCCCUCGCAAAAAGACCUCCUGUUGAGCAGAUUUGCCAUUCCACCUGAGCGGGUCUUCAUCGAGGGCGUGGACGAUAUUGUUAUGAAUAUCGUCGAGCUCACCAGCGGCAAGAAGGCUCGAGUUGUCAUUUCGACUGCAAAAAGAACGCAUCGAAUAUAUCGAGAAUUGGUCAAGUGUGUUGCAUCAUUCGGACAUUUUGUUCAAAUGUCAUGUCACAACGACGAAAGAGAAGAAGAUAACACCUGGAGCACUACAAAAAAUAUUUCAUUCUCGUCUUUCAACGUCCUCGAUUUUCAGAAAGAUAGGACAGAUCUGACACGACAACUAUGGCCAAAGGUUGUUCAACUCUUCAACGAGGGAAAGCUUCACGGCCCCUCGUCACUAUCCGUCUACAAAAUCUCAGACCUGGAUCAGGCACUGGGUGAAGUUUCCACUAAGAAGCACGUGGUAGUGACCGCUGUAGACAACGAAAUAAUUCAGUUGAAACGACCGAAAGUCUCAAAGGAUAUAUUCCAACCAGACGCAUCAUACCUCCUAGUUGGCGGACUUGGAGGUAUAGGACGCGCAAUAGCCUUAUGGAUGGCCGAAAGGGGUGCAAAGAACCUCAUCCUGCUCAACCGAAGCGGUCUAGCAAAGGUAUCCGCUCAGUCCACUGUCCAGGAACUUACCGAGAAAGGCGUGCAAGUCGACAUUCAUGCGUGCGAUAUAUCAAAUGAGUCAGAAAUCAGACAAAUGUUCCUCGAUAUUUCGUGGGGGGCACCGCCAGUCCGUGGAAUUGUGCAUGGGGCUAUGGUUCUCAAGGAUAUACAUAUCGAAAAAAUGACGACUGAAGACUACCUCGAUGUGCUACAACCCCGGUACAAUGGGACAUGGAAUCUUCACAAUCACGCUCCAACCGAUCUAGAUUUCUUCCUCAUGCUCUCGUCGAUUAGCGGGGUGAUCGGAAAUGCGACGCAGGCUGCCUACGCCGCCGGCUCGGCAUUCAUGGACUCGUUCGCUGCCUACCGGAAUACGCUGGGUCUCCCAGCUACAUCCUUGGACCUAGGUACGGUCACAGAUGUGGGAUAUUUGGCCGAGAAUGAAGGGAUUGCGAGUAAGAUGAUCACACAGGGGUUUCAGAGUACAGAUACUCAGACACUUCUGUCGCUUGUCCAGGUUGCUAUUGAGCAGCAGCGAAAGCAUCAGACUGUGAGCACUGGGAAUUCUCAAAUUAUAACAGGACUGGGCGAGUGGAAGACAGGUCAGUCAUUAGGGAAUUUCGAGGCGCCACUAUUCGCGCAUUUUCGAAGGAGGUUUCGUUCUGAUGGAGCUGCCGGGGCGACGGAGGAUGAAGAUGCUUUUCAGAUGGUGCGAGAUGCCUUGCGGGUGUCGAAGACGCAGGAUGAUGCUAUUUCUAUUGUUUUUGAGGCUCUGAGUGCGAGGAUUGCUUCCCAGUUGGGCAUCUCGGUGGAAAGGAUUGAUCCUGCUAGUCCGUUGUCUGAGUUUGGGGUCGAUUCGCAUGUUGCGGUUGAGUUACGCAAUUGGGUUAAUAAGACGAUGGAUAGUGCUGUAUCUAUUUUGGAGAUCUUGGCUACUGAUUCGGUGCUGCAGUUGGCUAGUCAUAUUUUGAGUCGAUCUCAGUUGAUUGAUAUUCGUGGUGAUAGUAUUUAG